UUUCAUCCAGGUCGCGUCUCUGCCAUCACGACCAAAAAAAAGUUCACAUGUGAUCUUUAUUUCUUUAAAAAAAUAAAUAAAAAAGUUAAUGUGACAUUUACAUUCGUUUUAAUAAUUUGAAUUUCGAACUUUUAGAAUCGAAAUGAAGUGGGUAUUUUAUGUGAUCGUUUUUGUGUAUAUGCUGUAUAGAACAGUGUACGGUCUGAAACCGGUGGAAAACAAUUUGAUUGUGGAACCAGUCACGUAUGGCGAUGACGACUUUUUGAAAGUUGGGGGACACAAAACCAUCAGCUGCAAAGCAUCGAAUCGAAAUCAAAAGGUAGAAUGGAUAGACCCAAAUGGCCAUACAGUAAAACGAAUCCCUGGCAGUCGGAUAUUUUCCCAAGAACAUUUCGUGCCGUCAAUGAGAGGUAGAGCGCCGGCGCUAGUGCUGACUGUCACCAGGGCAGAGGUGGAGGAUACAGGGGUGUAUCAGUGCAAGUCUGGGGAUCUGGUGAAGAAUGUCACUCUUUGCGUCAUCGCACCAUCAUAUUUCGUGGACACCAUUCCAGAAGUGAGCGCAGACUUCUUCCGCUCAAUUACUCUGUCCUGUCAAGCAAAAGGAGAACCUGAGCCAAAAAUCACCUGGUACAGAAACGGAGAAGUUAUUAAUGAUGAAGAUAACUCCGAGAAGUACAAGGUGAUGACGAAGUACAACAUCCAGGGUUUCGAAGGUCUCCUCACCAUCAUUUCGUUGGAGCCAGAGGACAGUGGCGUUUAUACCUGUCAGAGCACUCAGGAGAGCUUGUAUGUUGAAGAAUGUAGCCAUACCUCGUCUUUCAAUAUAACUUUGAAUGUUAAUUAUCCCCCAAUAUUCGAGCAUAGAAACAAAACUCAAGCAGUUUAUGCGAAAAACAAUCAAGAAGUUGACAUAGUAUGUUCAGCAAGCAGCUACCCAAUUGCCACGUACAGAUGGUUCAAAGAAAUGACUGACGAUGUUUUGUAUGAAUUCGACCAAAAACAAAUUAAACUCUCAGAAGAUGGCACCAAGGCGACACUGACUGUGGUAGCAAAUCAAUCCACGUUUUGGCAAAGAUAUAAAUGCCAAGCAACCAACGAUUAUGGAGUUUCUGAAAAAUAUUUCACUUUGAUGAAAAUGGAAAAACCGAAAAGGCCCAGCGAAGUUAACGUUUUUAACGCUACAUCGGACGCGUUAUAUUUGAAUGUUACAUGGUAUGAUGACAUACAGUUUCCGGUUAGUGCUUUCCAAAUUCAAUACACUACAGAAGAAACUGGUAAAAAGAAGUUCCUUCCGCCUCGAGAAGCCACCUGGAGGAGAAGUAAACAAACUGAGGUGAACCUUGAAGAAGGUGAAACUAUCGAUCCAGAAUUGGGAGGAAUCAUAAUCCCAUUAGAAGAAUUGGAAGCCGAAACUGCUUACUGGAUACGCUUAAGAGUGACGAACGAGGUAGGGGAGUCGAUCUGGUCGGAUCCUAUCCUCGUGUCAACGUCCGCUGAAUCCGAGGAAACAACUACCACGGAGGCUCCAGAAUCUGAGUCAGAAGUUUCUGAUGACUCCGAGUCCAUGAAUGAUGGCACUUUCUACGGUUUAUUCUUUGCUGGUGGCAUCUUUAUUGUAGCUUUUGUUUGCGUGUUCGCCAUGAGAUUGGUGAAAUAAUUUUUCAAACCUUAA